CCGUAUCAUAAACAGGUUUUGCGGACCCAAAGAAGCUCACUCCAAUGUCCUAACUCUGAUGAGCCGAGAAGGACCUUUUAUCCCGAGCCCAACGGUCUCAAAUUCGACGCCUUUUUUAUGGCGCCCGCGACCACCGCAUCCGCGGGCGUUCUUGUCGCCGUAAUCUCCAUCACUGCCGUCUCCUACCUUUUCCGCAACCAGCGGCAAAAGGGUUUGUCUCGAAAGACUCCCAAGCCUCUUACGCCGAAGAAACUAAGAAAAGGACUCAUUGACGCCGUCGGCAAUACACCUUUGAUCAGAAUCAACAGCCUCUCCGAAGCUACCGGAUGUGAAAUUCUUGCGAAGGCGGAGUUUUUGAAUCCGGGAGGGAGUGUGAAGGAUCGAGUCGCCGUGAAAAUAAUUGAAGAGGCUCUGGAAUCAGGCCAGCUAGCUCAAGGAGGAGUCGUUACUGAGGGAAGCGUGGGGAGCACUGCCAUUAGCCUUGCUACAGUAGCUCCUGCUUAUGGAUGCAAGUGCCAUGUGGUUAUCCCAGAUGAUGUUGCUAUUGAAAAAUCUCAAAUACUUGAAGCCCUUGGAGCGACUGUUGAAAGGGUAAGACCAGUGUCAAUUACACAUAAAGACCACUUUGUCAAUAUUGCAAGGAGGAGAGCUUUGGAAGCAGAUGAUUUAGCAUCAAAGCAGAAAAAAGCUGACUGGAUGGAUGCCAAAAACCUAGAACAUGCCAAUGGUCACUCCUUUAAGGAAGGGAAACAGUGGUCUGUCAUUGCAGGUAAUUAUAAGGGUGGUUUCUUUGCAGAUCAGUUUGAAAACCUAGCUAAUUUUCGGGCACACUAUGAUGGCACUGGACCUGAGAUUUGGGAACAGACUGGCGGUGAUUUGCAUGCAUUUGUGGCAGCUGCGGGCACUGGUGGCACUGUGGCUGGUAUUUCCCGAUUCCUGAAGGAAAAUAAUCCAGAAAUCAAGUGCUUUCUGAUUGACCCCCCCGGUUCUGGUUUGUUUAAUAAGAUUACUAGGGGAGUGAUGUACACUAGAGAAGAGGCCGAAGGACGGAGGCUGAGAAAUCCGUUUGAUACUAUAACUGAAGGAAUUGGAAUUAAUAGGUUAACCCAAAAUUUUAUGAUGGCACAACUUGACGGAGCAUUUAGAGGCACUGAUAUAGAGGCAGUUGAAAUGUCCAGGUUUCUUUUGAAGAAUGAUGGCCUUUUUGUUGGGAGUUCCUCAGCCAUGAACUGUGUUGGAGCUGUCAGGGUCGCACAGUCAAUUGGCCCUGGUCACACAAUUGUGACUAUUUUGUGUGACAGUGGAAUGAGGCAUUUGAGUAAGUUUUAUGAUGCUCAAUAUCUGUCUCAGCAUGGUUUGACACCCAUGGCAAGUGGAUUGGAAUUUCUCAAAUGAGAGCUUGUUUGGCAUCUUGCCCUGAAGUUCAAAUAUGGGACAUCUUUCUCAGCAUUUUAAUCUGAAAAUUGUGUGGCAGAAUCAAACCAAACACAAUUCAUGAGAAAAUGAUCAUUCUUUGUAACAUUUGAAAGUAGGUAGUGACAAAGCAAGCAUCAAAACCCAAUUCAAUUUAGGAGAACAAGAUCAUUCUUUGUAGCAUGGGAAUAUAUUUUGUGGAUUGUCCUUGCUUUACCACAUUGUUGGGGAUGAAAGCUUUCGCUAGAAUGAUGAAAAUUGUGUGCUAGAGUUUAUGUUUC